AUGGAAGAGACAAAGUUUCUCACAGAAUCUAGCCCAAUUGCACAUAGCAAAAGCAGUAUAGCUAAUUUUACCCCAAAAUCCAUUGAUAAUUCGAAGAAAGGGCCGAACUCUCUUCCAAAAUUAUUCAAUGGAAAACCGCUCAAUAUUUAUAGCUAUUUUGCCUUAUAUUCAAAUUCAGGAACUUUCAAUGUAAAUAUACCUACAACACUCAUUAAGACCGAAGACUCACCACAUCCUUUCUUGCUCAGAACUAAAGGCAAUGGAAUUCUCCACUGCAGAGCAUGCAGCCAUAGUGAAUUUUUCACUUCCAGUCAAAAACACAAAAAUCGAGAAAUUCAUAUAUACUUGUACAAAUCUCUAUACAGAGAAUCAAUUGUUUUUCAAUCCCAAGAAGCUGCAGAAGAGUUUUGAAAAUCGGCAAAAGAUUCUUCUGGAAUGAUUCAAUGCUACAUAGAAUGUAUAUCGACACCUGUUUCUAUGACAAGAGUCUUGUGAAGAGCAGGAAUGAAAACGAAGUAUUAUAACGUCAUAAGCUGUGAUAAGCGAAUUAUAAGAUCAAGAGAGACUCAUAAAAGAUCUACUUGCCCUGCAACGUCACUAAAAAAGAAAAAAACAGUUUCUAUAGAUUUUAGAUACACAAAUAUGAUUUUUAGAACAUCAUCGUCUAUGAAUAAUCCAUUUAAAGUUAAUACCCCUUCAAUAUCUACAAUAAAAGAAAGACCAAAAUUACGGUUAAAAUAUUUUAUUUAGUGCAAAAGCUGAUAAAUUUCUAGGUAAUACUAACUUUUGAUUUAUAAAAAAAAAUUAAUUUAUAUUUAGAAAAAGUUUUUAACAGAGCCUAAAAUUAGCUUCAACUUUAACAGAACCAAAUCUAGACGACUCAAAUUUAUCACUUAAAAAAUCCAGAUCAGAUGAUCCAUCACUUCUAAUGUUUAAGUUUGACCAAAAAAGAAGAGACAUUGUCAAUGUAAAUAAUCCAGAGAGCUUCGUCGUAAUAGAAAAUAAAAACAAAGUCCCUGAAAUAGAAGCAAUGAUUAAUGAAAUCAUAAGCUUUUUAAAUGCUCACGUAUUUAAAGAAGAAGAGCUAAAAGGCGCUAUUUUUGAGUUCAUGAAUGAUAAAGACAAUAAAUGAGUAUUUCUAAAUUGUAAAGAAGUCAGCUUAAAUGCUAAAAUCCCAGCAGAGAUUAUUAAUUCGAAGAAAUGCGAAGAAAGGUCACAAAAAAGAAGGAGCAAAUCUUUUGUUGUAUUAAAAUCUUAUGAAAAUAAGAUAGAUUCGCCAGAGACAUACAAACAUUCAGAGCUAGAAAAGCGUCACUCAGUAGGUUGCUUAAUAUUUUUUCUAUAAAGAUAAUUUCAUGCUAUAUAAUUUUUUUAAAAAAAAAAUAUGCUCAGUAGUUGAUGAUAAAAUUAAGUUGCCUUUUCGAAUAAGGACAAGCCAUAAGCCAACUCAAGCUACUGGAAGCUGCACAGAAAAAGAAAUACUUGAAAGAUGCCAAAAAGUUAACGAAAAACUUGAGCAGAUUGUAAAUUUAAAACCUUUGAACUACCUUAAAGAUGUAGACUUCAAAGAACAAAGCAUAAAGGCCUAUCAAAUUAGAUACCAGCUCGAAAAUUACUCGUUUUUUUCAUCUCAGAAUAGGCCAGAAACGAGCACAACUGAAAGUUCGCCUCUAUUAAAAUCAGAAAGUACAACGAAUGCUGUAUUUUCUGACAAAGUGCUUCACCACACACGAAAAUUAAUUUCCGAAGGAAUUAAUCAUUUAGACGAAAUGAAAAUGAACACAGAAUUAUUAAGAGUAAAAAGCCAUAACCUCGUUGGAAAAUAUGGUGGCAGUGAAUUUUGAAAUCAGUUUAUAUCAUCUUUAUAUAAAAAAGUCAUGUCAUUUGAGUCGUUAAAUGCCUAUUUUAAAAACUCGAAUUUGAAAAUGAUAAUAAGCGGGAUGUUCAAAAUUUUCAACGGAUGUGCCACACUUGAAUUCCGAAGACAUGUAAGGUCUUCUCAUACAACUUUAGGGAUAAGUGAAAGUAACUUUUCAUUGUAUAUCAAAUUAUUUGAAGACACUCUUAUUGAAUUUGAUGUAGAAGAAGAUGAUAAGCAGGUCAUAAUGGCACAAAUCAGGUCAAUGAAGUGCUUAAUUUGUAGGUAG